UGUCGAAAGUCUUUCUUCUUGCUCUUGUUCGACCUAAGACACGCCCCGCCAUCUUCUACGAUGCGAGAGCCUCCUUGAACGCCCAUUGCUCUGAAACAGAGAUUCUCAUGUCAUGAUUUUCAUCAUCGUUGGUCCAAUAAUUCUCCUCCUGAUAAGAAGCAUUCUGUAAGCGUUCCCUUCGUUCAGCAUCGACAGUCAGAAUCCCCUCCGUCGAACCACGAAUCGCCCCACUCGACCGAGACCAAUUAUCGCUCAAUUCCGCCGAUGUUCGCCGAAUCCACAGAAUUGAUUUCCAAUCCCCAAGACAGUAAAUAAAAACACUAUUCCAGACUGUGGCCAUCUUCAAACUAUGCAAUCAAGUCAUUAUGGGGACAAAUUUCACCCACCAGGCCUCUUCUUAAUCCCUAAUUCCCUCCAUCGAAGGAUGAUGUAUCCCAGCCAGGCAUCCUUUGCACCCUCGGACUUGGCAACAGGUUUUCUUCAAUAUCACUUAUUCCCAUGUUAGAAAAAUUACGCAUCGGCGCUUCCCGGAGAGCUUCCGAGAACACGGAGAUAUUAGACAACACAUACCCUGAGGGAGGGUUUGAGGCCUGGUCUGUUGUGCUUGGAGCAUGGUGCGCCAUGAUCCCCUCAAUGGGUCUGCUCAAUAGUCUGGGGACCUUGCAUGCAUGGACGAGUAAGCAUCAGCUUGUGGAAUACUCUGAGUCGAGCAUUGGCUGGAUCUACGGGGCAUAUGGCUUCUUCCUGUACGCUGCUGGAGCGCAAGCUGGACCAAUAUUCGACGCCUAUGGACCCAACUAUGUCAUUAUUCCAGGCUCGAUUGGGAUUGUUGCCGCUUUGAUCUGCUUGAGUUUUAGUCAAGAGUACUACCAAAUAUUUCUUUCCUUCAGUGUUUUAGGCGGGCUUUCCGCGUGCACUCUCUUCACCCCAGCAGUCUCUUGCGUGGGGCACUGGUUCGACAAACGGAGAGGCUACGCGACCGGAAUCGCUUGCACCGCUGGUGGCCUAGGAGGAGUCAUCUUCUCCCUAAUCAUUCUCUUCGCUGCGCCCAAGAUUGGCUUCGCCUGGGCGAUUCGAAUCAUUGCGCUUCUUUCUGCUAUCCUUUGUCUUGUCGCUUGUCUCACGCUGAAAACACGCCUCCCUCGCAACAAAGGGGCUAGCGCAUCUAUUGAUCUACACGCCUUGCAGGAUGGAAAAUACGCUGCCACCACAAUAGCAGUAUUCCUGGUGGAGUUUGCUGUCUUCAUUCCGAUAACCUAUAUUGCCUCGUAUGCAAUUCACGUUGGACUGAGUGACACGCUUUCCUACGCCCUGAUUGUGUUUCUCAAUUUAGGCGCCGUCCCGGGACGCUUCCUCCCUGGCCUCAUAGCCGAUCGAAUUGGAAGAUUCAACGUGAUGGUUUUGACUUCCCUCGUGUGUGCGGCGCUCACUCUAGCUCUAUGGCUUGCUUCUGGUGACAAUAUUGCUGCCAUUAUCUGCUAUGCAGUUUUCUUUGGCUUCUGGAGUGGCGCUGCAAUCAGCCUCACACCUGUUUGUAUAUCGCAGAUCUGUGAGACGCAAGACCUGGGCAAGAGGACCGGGACAACAUUCACAAUCGCCAGUGUAGGAACGCUGACUGGCAUUCCAAUUGCAGGGGCGAUACAGCAGCAAGCCCAAGGUGAUUACUGGGGCCUUAUUGUGUUUGGAGGUGUGUUGUAUGCUGCUGCUGCCGUGGCCUUCGCUAUUGCUCGAGGUGUUUGUGCGGGCUGGGCUUUGAGGACAAGGUUCUGAAGGCACUUACACUUAAGCUCCGCCUGGAUGCGUGGACAUACUUGAAAUGUUUGUCGAGGUCAAACCUUGUGAAGCUGGCCAAUUUAUGGGGGAAGAUAGGAGAUGAUUGUCAAUAAUAUAGAUAGAUGCCGUUAUAAAUUCAAG